GUACUUCGCUGAUAUUUUGUUAAGUGACCAGUUAUCCUGAAAUUUCGGGAGCCAGGAAAUGACCUUUUAUGGGAUGAUUAUAUUCUAACAAAUUUAGACAGAGUAGUAUACUAGAGGAGCUGUGUUGAGAGUUGUAAAAUGAGUUUGAGGGGUGCUAGAGAUGAAACAUGUGUUGAUAUUCAUAUUCCUGAUGAUAUAGAUUGGAAAAGGCUUGAUAAGUCCAGGUUUUUCUGCCUAGGUAGUGUUCUUUUUUCAGGUGUUUCAGGGGCUUUGUAUCCAAUUGUUGUGUUGAAAACAAGGCAACAGGUUCUAGUUAAUGGUACUCCUUGUUAUAAAUUGGCUGGUUUGAUACUGAGAAAUGAAGGGAUUCGAGGGUUUUAUCGCGGUUUUAGUACUUCCUUGAUGGGUACAAUUCCGGCUAGAUCACUUUACAUGGGUACCCUUGAGAUUGCUAAGAGUAAUGUGAGUUCUCUGGCUGUUAAUUUUGGGUUUUCGGAAGUGGCUGCAGCUCCGAUUGCCAAUGCUGCUGCUGGAUUGAGUGCUGCUAUGGUGGCGCAGCUGGUUUGGACUCCGGUUGAUGUUGUUAGUCAGAGGCUAAUGGUACAAGGGGGGAGUAAUUUGAGUUCUGCUAUGGUUAAGUAUAGUGGAGGAAUUGAUGCAUUUCGGAAAAUUGUGUAUUCGGAUGGUUUGAGGGGACUUUAUAGGGGAUUUGGGAUAUCGAUUUUUACCUAUGCACCAUCGAAUGCAAUGUGGUGGGGAUCUUACUCUGUGGCUAAUAGAUUCAUUUGGAGUGGAGUUGGAUGUUAUAACCGGAAUAAAGAUGGAGGGGGCUUUAGGCCGAGUUCAACGUCUGUGGUGGCUGUGCAGACUGUGAGUUCAGUAAUGGCUAGCGGAGUUUCAGCCUUGGUGACAAUGCCACUUGAUACUGUCAAGACAAGAAUGCAGGUUUUGGAUGAAGGAGGAGGGCGUCCAAAGGUUAUUCAGACGGUGAGGAAUCUGUUGAAUGAUGGCGGAUUUUGUGCUUGUUAUAGAGGGCUGAUUCCAAGGUGGAUUUCAAUGUCGAUGUCUGCAACAACUAUGAUCACUACUUACGAGUUUCUUAAGAGAAUGUCUACCAGAAAACCAGAGAAUCGGUAAAUUCAAAUGUCCUUAUGUCCUUCUCAAUCUUAUCGUUGUUACUCUUCAUAUAUAUCAAUAAGUUUGAUAUAAAAUUUACAAGAAAUUGAGUGCCCGUUAAUUUAACUUAAUACAAUGCAAAUAUUGUUCA